AUGGAUUACUUCACCCCCAACCACCCGCAGGGCCAGCAUCCGAACCAGCAAGCUCAGCAGCAAAACAAUAACCAAGCCCGAGGCCAGAUGCAGCCGCCGAGCUCGAUGCAGAUCCCUGUAACCGCUGGAUCGAACAUGAUGGACGGUCAAGCCAUGAUGAAUGGCAAUAGCCUCGACGACAUGGUUCGUGAGAACGAGAACGCUAUUCUCCGACGGCGAAGUAUGCCACAGCAGCCUUUUGGCGACGAUGGUGCUGAGGUGGCCCCUCGUCGCAUGUCAACGGCUGGUACGGGUGAUAUGUUGAACUUUGGUGGGAACGAUGCAAUUCGAAACUAUCAGUACAACCAACAGACGACUCCCCUAUCAGCUUUGGAUACUGCCAAUCUUGGCCUUCCUGAUACGCUCCCUGGCAGCAUGAGCGAUUACAUGGCCGACCCUUCCGAUUAUUCGAACCUUUCUCCAGAUAUGAUGGGCUCCAUGAUCCCGUCCACGUUUGCCAAUAUGAAUAUGGGCCCCAUACCAGGCGAAUCUCAUAAUGUGAACAUGUUCUCUGGAUCUAUGGGCGGCCCGUAUGCAUCUGGCCAGCUCGGCGGAUUAAGACAGGAUUUUCCGCUGGAUAUUAACGUCGACGGUCAAUUCAUGACCCCUCCGAAUGUAACCGGUGGAGUCAUGUCUGAAUCUGGGGACACCAUGAUGCCUGUUUCUCAGUCCUUAAAUACCAUGGAUCACACUAACCAACAGGUGAACAUGAGCCUUGAUCCUCAGUUGGGCGACUUUGGUAACAAUACCGGAUUAUCACAUAAUGUACCCUCUACCGGUUCAAUGAUCCCCCCGGAACAGAGCACAUCUUCUGCUGGAAUCACCCACCCAAAUUCAUCCUCUGAUAUGGCCACUUCCGCAGUUGUGGCUCCAGCAGCGCCCCCGGGCUUAAGAAAAAACACCUAUUCGAAAAGUGGAUUUGAUAUGAUGAAAGCCCUGUGGCUUGUGUCGACCCGCAAGGACCCGAAAGUUCACCUUGGUGCCGUGGAUUUGUCGUGCGCAUUUGUCGUCUGCGAUGUCACUAUGAAUGACUGCCCGAUUGUUUAUGUUUCAGACAAUUUCCAAAACCUAACGGGGUACAGUCGACAUGAGAUUGUGGGCCAAAACUGUCGGUUCUUGCAGGCUCCAAAUGGAAAGGUGCAGGCCGGUGUCAAGCGAGAGUUUGUUGACGACAAAGCAGUGUAUAACCUUAAACGGACGAUACAAGAGGGUUGUGAAGUCCAGCAAAGCUUGAUCAACUAUCGCAAGGGCGGGAAACCUUUCCUUAACCUCUUGACAAUGAUUCCAAUCCCUUGGGAUACAUCCGAGAUCAAAUAUAUCAUCGGCUUCCAGAUUGACCUUGUCGAGUGCCCGGAUGCAAUCACAUCAAAUCAAGAGCUCGGAGGUCUGAAGAUUAAUUACAAACAUUCUGAUAUUGGCCAGUACAUCUGGCAACCCCCUUCUCUAGCGCAGAUGGAACACGAAAACGGCCAGACACUCGGCCUCGACGACGUCUCUACUCUUCUACAACAGUUCAACCCCAGCGGGCUGGUUUCGGACUGGCAUAAACAAUCAUGGGAUAAGAUGCUGCUGGAAAACACGGAUGAUAUGAUCCAUGUUUUGUCCUUGAAAGGCUUGUUCCUAUACCUCUCACCCGCAUGCAAACGAAUUCUUGAAUACGAUCCAAACGAAUUGCUCGGGAACGCGCUGUCUACCGUUUGCCACCCGUCCGAUAUAGUUCCUGUUACCCGAGAACUGAAAGACGCACCCCCCGGAGGUUCGGUUGACAUCGUAUAUCGAAUCCGCCGGAAGAACAGUGGAUAUACGUGGUUUGAGAGCCAUGGGUCUCUGGUGGUUGAGCAAGGCAAGGGCCGCAAGUGUAUUAUUCUAGUGGGCCGCAAGAGACCUGUCAUUGCUUUGAGCAGGCAAGAUCUAGAGCUCCAUGGCGGAAUCGGAGACAGCGAACUUUGGACGAAGAUGUCAACUUCAGGGAUGUUUCUUUUUGUCUCAUCCAAUAUUCGUUCAUUAUUAGACCUACAACCCGAGUCAUUGGUGGGCACUAGCAUACAAGAUCUGAUGCGCAAGGAAUCACGACAAGACUUUGGAUACGCUAUCGAGAAGGCAAGAAGGGGUAAAAUUGUUAAUUGCAAACACGAAGUUCAGAACCGACGCGGGCAGGUCCUCCAAGCACAAACAGUGCUCUACCCCGGAGAUGCCUCUGAAGGUCAAAAGCCGUCAUUCCUCUUGGGCCAGACCAAGCUUAUGAAAGCAUCAUCGCGAAACCCAGGCUACGCUCCUGCCACUCCUGCCGCAUCCACCGCACCUAUUGGCCACGUAUCUCAGCCGGCAGGUGGCUGUUUAAUGCCGGGUUCCCAAGAUGCUGCAUUGGCGUCUGAUGACAACAUGUUUGACGAGCUUCGGACGACAAAGUGCUCUAGCUGGCAGUUUGAACUGCGGCAAAUGGAGAAGGUGAACCGUAUUCUCGCAGAAGAGCUCGGCGGGCUGCUCUCGAAUAAGAAGAAACGAAAGAGAAGAAAGGGGGCUGGCAACGUGGUCCGAGACUGUGCCAAUUGCCAUACCAGGAAUACCCCGGAGUGGCGGAGAGGACCCAGCGGCCAGAGAGAUCUCUGCAAUAGUUGUGGUCUGCGCUGGGCCAAACAGGUUGGCCGUGUUUCAUCGAGACACUCGGCACGUGGCUCUAAGGAGACCGGCGAGUCCAACAGCAAGAAAUCCCCUUCGCCCCUUCAAACUUCUCCUUUACACAAACAAAUGUCAGCUGAGACGCCCAACCCGCGAGCUCCGGAUGGAGACAGGGCAACGGGUAAAUCAGUACCCGCGAUCAGUGAGCAGAGCACACCGAGUGGAGCUUCCUCAGCCGGGAGUAGCAUGCCCCUUUCGACAACUAUGCCUCCGCCAAGCCAUUCCUCCUUAUCAGGGAACACCCCCGGGACGGCAAUGACCUCAAUUAGAGAAGAACGCGAGUCCAAUCUGCAGAUUUGA